GUAUUGCGUUUGAAGACAUGUGCGUCCCUUUCUUACUGGGAUGGUGUUUGGUUGGGCAUAAUAUAAUAGGCCUGCCUAUGAUAGAAGAAAAGCACGUUUAUUGAUGCAGAAAAGUGCAAAACCAGAGCAGAGUCCAUGCAGUGUAACCAAAUUGCAGCCAGUUUCCUUUGGCUAAAACCAUAGACAUCAAUAAGUUGCUUUAGAAUCACCAGUAACAGUUUCUUAUUUAUAUUGUUCAUCUGGUGGAGACGAUAACUUUUUGAGUUCCUUAAUACUUCUGCAUAGACUAGCUAAAGAUGUAUUUUUCAUGUUGUUCUCCAUCUAAUUUCUGAGUUUCCUGCCCUGUACGCUGCUAAAUUAAUGGGUGAAAGGUUUCCGGGAUGACUUGCUUCAUGUUGUACUCCACUUGUACCCAGUUAGCAUAGCAGCCUCCAUUUGACUCUUUGCACAGCUUAAAUGCGACCCUUCAACUUGCCACCACUUAAUGCACGUUAGCCAAUUAUAUUCAAACACAUAAAGAUGCGAAAACUCUCAUUGUUGAUUGAAGUCAGAUGUCCUUGCUUGAACCAACAUUUUCCUCUUGUGUUGACCAAACCUCCAGACCCCAUGUCGUCAGACCUCUGUUAGUGAGUUUUCUGCCUCUUUCUGCUUCCUAUAAAUCUUGGACCACACUAUGCUCUUCUUAAUUUCAUAUCUUACCUUAUAGUUCAAAGGGUUAAGAUAGCUACAUACACAGGAUAGCUGACUGCCGCUUCCUUGCGAUUCUAUCAAAGCUGUGCAGGAAAGGGGGUGAUAUAGAUACUUAAAUCCUAAUGGCGGAUAUGCUCAGUUCUGCUAUUGUGCAUGAAGCAGUUAGCCAAAUCCUAUGUGAUCUCAUUAGUAGGCGUGAGGGGAAAGAAAAAUUAAAGGCCAACGAAAACUUGGAGAGGCUAGAGAUGGCUCACAUUAAGUUGGAUGCUGCUCUUGAGACAUCUGAAAAGUGGCAGAUCACCGAUGCAUCCUUGUUGCGUUGGCGUAAAAAGCUGAAGCGUGCUGCUCAAGAGUGUGAUGACACACUGCACGAAUGCAAGAAUCGAAUCCUAGAAGAAGAACAGAUAGAACAGGAGGUGAGGAAUUCAGCCUUUCCUAAACGGAUAGCACAUGCAACCAAGUCAUUUAUCUCCUCUGCCUUUGCCCAUGAUAACCAGUUAAGCAGCGUUGUUCAAAGAUUUGAGUGGUAUGCAGAUGGAGCCAACGACUUCUUGAGAUUCAUAGAGCUUGGUUGCACACCAUACUGCCACAUGCCCUUCAACCCUUUUAUCAAAAACUUUUUUUCAGGCAAGAAGUUGCAGCACAAAAUCGAUCAGGGAAACGAGACCACUUUUUUUGUACUAUGGUUACCCUUCAUUACUGCAGAGCACGGAAUAGAGGUUUCCCUAGUCUUCAUCCAGAAAGAUGUUAAUGCACCAGAGAACAAUUUUUACUUCAGCAUCAUGCUACAACUUUCAGAGAGUACGGAUAUACUUGGUAUCGCAAUUAAGUGCUUGCAGUUGUUUACACCUCUUUUCAAGUCUAAAGUUGAAAUUAUUAGGAAUAAAAUUAUGCAACUGCCUACACAAGACUUCUCAUGGGUGCCAUUCGUCGAUUCACGCCAGAAAGAACAUUGGCACAAUCUAGUCGGUUGCGUUUCGCAAUGGCUUCGCCCUAACCCAUCAUGUUGCAAGAAGAUUGACCAGCAUGAAAUUCACCAUAGUAGCAAUAGCACAACAGACACGUCAGAUAUUUCUCUACAACCAGUUAUUGAAGCACACUUGGAGUGUCAAGUCUCACUGGAUGGAGGCGAGAUUUGUCUUCAGGAUUCUCAAUACCUGAUAGCUGGACUCCUCUUCAUGCCCCAUGGCUCUUCAGAGGACCUGCCGCCUGCGGAUAAAAGCUCCGCCAUAGCAGUGAACCACAGUGAGGAGCAACACUGCAUGCAUACAGACAUCAGCUUGGCACAGCUGGAAGAGAUCACGUUGCCAAAGGCAGUAGAGUACCUCCGUCAGAACACAGACACAUUAGUCUACCAGAUGCUUUGGAAGUCCAAACAGGGCACUGCGUACAUUCAUGUUGUGAAGGGAAGCACGAAGAUGCAGAGCAAACGGCGAAUGAUUCGGGGAGGAAAGAUCGUGCAGCUACAGGAGGAGGAGCAGGAGAACAGUUCAUGUGUGGUGCCUCACUUCCUCAACUUGUGGGUUUCACAUGCACCCAUCCGGCUGCAGGGCUCCAUCAUGAACUGGAUUCAGAAAGAGGCCCAAAAUAAGUUGGCGUUUUCACCAUUGCGCCUGCAAUUCUAGAUUAUUAAACUCGGACCGAUAAGGGAGAUGAGCUUGGAAAAAAAAUGGAAUUUUCUGGGCAGUAGAUUAAAUAAUAUUCUCUGAGCAAUGAUAUUGAUAAAUCCUCCGUGUAUAGGUUAUUGAGUUACAUAUGCAUCUCUGUUGGUCUUAGCUAAAAAAUUAAAUUUGUUCUACUUUAUGUAUCUAUGUAAGUGCAG